GUGCAGGAAAUUCCAAAUGCAAAGUGGCCAUUGUGAUGUGCAGGAGCUCUCAGGAUGUUAGCAGCAGGCAUGGCCAGCACAGUAUGAUCCUGGUACCCAUGGAAACUCCAGGAGUGAAGCUCAUCCGACCUCUCACCGUGUUUGGACAGGACGACGCCAUCCAUGGCGGCCAUUUUGAGGUGCACUUUGAAAAUGUGCGUGUUCCCGCAUCCAACAUCAUUCUGGGAGAAGGCAGAGGGUUUGAGAUAGCUCAGAGGCGUCUGGGCCCGGGCAGGUUGCACCACAGUAUGAGAGCUGUUGGUUUGGCUGAGCAUGCGCUGGAGCUUCUGUGCCAGCGUGCUGCUUCUAGACAGACGUUUGGGAAAAAGCUGCACCAGCAUGAGGUCGUUGCUCACUGGAUAGCAGAGAGUCGUCUGAUGAUAGAGCAGACCCGCCUGCUGACUCUUUAUGCAGCUCAUUCUCUGGACACACUGGGCAGCCGUGCAGCUCGCAAGCAGGUUGCUAUGAUCAAAGUGGCAGCAGCCAGGAUGAGCUGUAAGGUGGUGGACAUCGCCAUCCAGCUCCAUGGAGCUGCAGGGGUGUCCCAAGACUUCCCACUAGCACAGAUGUACUCGUACGCACGGACUCUGCGCAUCGCUGAUGGACCAGAUGAGGUGCACCUUUCCUCCAUAGCGUCUCUAGAACUGAAGGAUCAGCUGAGAAAGUCUCAGGCUAAGCUGUGAGGAUCAAAUUCAAUGUGACUGGCCAAAUUAACUGGAACAAUUAGUUUGCAGAAUCCAGUUUGGAGCGUUACUAAGAAAAGAUAAAAUGAGUAAACAUGCUGAACUCUAAAUUAAGGCUGUUUAUGUAGUUUUGUAGAUUUAAUCUGUGAUUUGUUUAUUUUACCGACAAUUUAUACAUUAAGGUUGAGGUGGUCUGUUUUGAUUUUGGUCGCGUUUUUAUUACUGAUCUGAUAAAUCUUUGCCUUUCUUUGGUUGUUUUGUAAAUGUGCUCAUCAUGUGGAUGUUAAAAUCACAAGUGAAUUUCACGCAUUUAAUAAUAAAAACAAUUGAUACUU